UUUGAACGGCGCUGAUCAGAAGUCAGCGUGCGUGCUCCGAUUACACGGCUAACCGCGAGGGGAAGCCUCCCACGAAAACCGAUUCAAAGUCAGUUUAUAGUGCGAAAGACCAGCGCUUUUGUAUUUGUUGUCACGGGAUGCGUUUCCUCCAAAAAAAAAAAAAAAAAAAAAAAAAAGAGGCCAAAAAGUAAACACAAAUCGAGGUAGUAGCUAGUAGCAGGAGGGAUGAGGACACACUGUCGGCUAACUAACGUCGCCGUACUCAGCGGUUGUCCUCUUGAAACAAACCCGGGUUUGUUGUUUUAAAAAGCCUAGAGGACGUGCAACAACACAAAGAGGCAAGGAGAAGACAGAGAUGGAGAUGCUGUGUUUCCGGUUACCGGGCCACGGGGACACAACCCUGAAGCACAUGAAUUCACUGAGGUCCCGCCAGCACUUCUGCGACAUCACCAUUGUGGCCAGUAACAACCAGACAUUCAGGGGACAUAAGGUGGUGCUGGCUGCAUGCUCGCCCUUUUUGAGGGACCAGUUCCUACUCAACCCGUCCCCCAAGCUUCAGGUGUCGAUGCUGUACAGUUCCACAGUGGUGUGUGAUCUGCUUCAGUCUUGUUACACUGGCGUCCUGCAGUUUAACCCAGAGGAGAUUGUCAACUACCUGACCGCUGCCAGCUACCUACAGAUGGAGCACAUUGUGGAGCGCUGCCGAGGAGCACUGAAGAAAUAUAUGCAGCUAAAGAACCCCAAUCAACCAAAGACGACUUCAGAGGAGAACCAGUCUCGACCGGUGAUUGUCAGCGGAAGCGUUAAUUCUGUUGCAUCUGCAUCACCUCCUGCUGGCCAACCGUCACCUGUGCACCCACACUGUCCUACAGUACGCUCAAUGGAGGAGAACAACGGAGACAUGUCUGCUCAGGGCAGCAGUCAGCACCAUGACGACAGUCCUAUGCUCGAAGAGCCAUGUAUUAAGGUCAAUGCAUCAGAUGAGGAAGAGGCCAGACAGGAGGACUACGGUGUGUUCAGGGUAUACAUCUCUGAAGAAGAGCAGGUGAACAGAGACAGGGAGAAGAGAGGAGCUCCCUCUGAUGGACAAGAUGCGUGUUUCCCAGAGACAGACGGCAUUGUGAUUGGAGGAGAAGGCAGUGAAUAUGACUUGAAUCCAACAGAAGAAGAUCUCAGUACUGGGGGUCCUUCAAUGGAGGGGCUGCACGCUUUCAGACGCAGGCUGCCUGACCCUAAAGUUAACCGGGGCAGAGGAAGAGGCAGGGGGCGGGGUUUUAAGAGGAGAAGGUGGGGGUCAUCACAGGAGAGAAGACCUCCAGGCAUGGAACACCAUCAGGAUUUGUGGUAUCUGACAACGGCAGGGAUGGGAGGGAAUUUUGGGCUGGACUACAGCCAAGACGGGCUUAAGACUGGAGGUUACGUCUCAGUUGAACUCCCACACUUAGACUUCAACAUGGGUGACACUCAGGGAGAAAAGGUCUCACCCAUGGCUGCCAACAAUUUGACUCAGUACGCCCUGGAGGAGUCUAGCUGUGGCGCCGGCGAAGGGGGUUCUGGGUUGACAACCGUUGGAACAAACGAGGGCGGGGAUGAGUCUGUUGCAGUGGUGGGAUCCACCUCAAGCGUAGCUGGGCCUGUGAUCUGCGAGCACUGCGGCAUGACGUUCCCCUCGGCCCACUCCCUGGCCAUCCACACCCACUCCACACACCUGCUGUACGCCUGCCCCUGCUGCGGCAAACACUUCCACCACUCCGCCAACCUCACCCGACACAUGGCCGUGCACCGAGGCGCCGGCAAAUCCCACCAGUGCCCCCUGUGCUAUAAGACUUUCACCCAAAAAUCCACACUGAUAGAUCACAUGAACCUACAUAGCGGCGAGCGGCCACACCGCUGCGCGUACUGCCACGCCCGCUUCGCCCACAAGCCGGCCUUGCGACGCCACCUGAAGGAACAACACGGUAAAACCACAGGACAGAACUCCCUACAGGAGCAGGAGGAGAGGGAGAGGGAGAGAGGAGCUGCUGGAGGAAUCAGAGAGGAAGAGCAAGAAUGUCUGGUUACUGAACAAGUGUCAUAGGCGAGAGCAUUAAAGACAGUGAAGUGCUUUCAGCUUACUGCUGUCCAGUGGGGCCAUCAGUCUGUGGGGGUCACAAUCCCCACAAUCCUACUAUUAAGCAAGUGCUAGAAACUGACUAUGAGGCCUUCUUAAAAUCUGACUGUGAACGUAAUUAAAUGUAUGUCAAACUUGCAUAAAAACAUGCACAUUAAGUGAUGGAUGUGUAUAAAAUGACUGAGACUGCACACUCUCCUACUCUAUGAAAAAGGGCCAUUUUUUUUCCAUAGCAGACAUUUUAACUUGUCGUAGCAGGAAAAGCACAGGUGUCGCUAAUAACAUUAAAAAUGGCUCCGCUCCAUUCAAACAUCCCAGUGAGUCACGAUAGUGAGCCAGCAUGAGCAAUACGACACCAAGACCCUGAAAACUGAAGCAGCUAAAUGGAAUUCAACCAUUAUUAAUUGUAUUAUUUAUACCUGUGCCUCUCCAACUGUGACAUGUCAGAGUGUCCUCGGUAACAAAUGCCUGUUGAUUUAGAAUAGUUUGAUUAAGAACUGUAAUCUCAAACUUUUAUGUAAUACAUGUUCAAUACGAUGCCUGGCCACUGCUCCAAAAAAAGAUCAUAUGUAAAUAAAAUGAUUGGAAAGUC